AUGUCCUCUCUUGGAGGACAAAAUGUGAACCUUUGCAGUCGCGGGUAUUUGGAAAACGUCCUAUUCUGCAUUGUUUCAUGGAAACAGAACACGGUUGAAAAAGUUAAAGCCUUUGCCUCGUGCGUACUUAUAAAUAAACACCACACAUGCCUAAACAAGAGGACGCUCAAAAUGGAAAAAAAAAAAAUAGACUCUUACGAGUACAACGCAUUCUUCACAACUUCGGAUAUCCCCUUAAUGCAGUUCAUUUUAAAUGCAGCUUGUUUCUCCUUUUUGUAA